AUGACAGGGGGUCAGGCCGUGCUGGCGCUGCCGGCGGCGGUGCAUCCGACGGCUCGGACGUGCGACAAUGUGCAUGGCCGCGUGCAGAUAGGCACAGAGGGCGAUGCGCCGCAGCAUGCGAGGAACAUGGUGGUGCACUUCGGCGUGCCGGACGCCCCACAGCAUCCCUGUGCGUUUCGCGUGCCCCUGCGUGACUUGCGGGCGAUUCGCGAGCAUGUGCCCUCGGCCAUGCGCCCCAUCGGAUUCGUCGAGCUGUAUGCCCAGAGCAAGCACACGCUCUUCUUCCACACGUGCCCGUACGACGAACAUCGCCGCGCGUCAAGUGACUGGGACGGCCACCGCCUCGUCGACGCCCUGGUCCCCUUUGCCGAUAUCCUCGCCAGCCAGCAGGUGCCGAGCCUGUACCUCAUCAACCCCUCCGCGGAAGAGCGCGCGAAGCACCAGACCCCGCGCUUCGCCGACGACGCGAUCGAGGCCGUGCUCGCCCGCCGCUCGCCGCUGCCGCCCGCCCCGACGCACUCGGACACCUUGGCCGCCUGGGCCAAGUCGACCCACAUGUCCGUCCUCACGCAGCUCUCUCACGUCAUGCGCGGCGCCCGCGAUAGUGGCCAUGCCUUCUUGUCGCAUCCGAUCGUGCGCCGCGCCGCACCCCAACUCUCCGCCUCGCAGGCGGGGCCCUACAUGGUCAGUGCCCAGACAGACUCCACGGCUCCGACGUCGAGCGACCCCCUCUCGGUCGAAUUUGAUGCUGCGCGCGUCUACCUCACGAAAUGGGCGCGCCAAGUCGCCCAGGAAGGCGAACUGAAUCGCAUGGCCGAGCAGGCCAUGCUCCGUGAUCCUGAUCGCGAUGCCGAGUCGCUGCUCGGCACCUCGUACCUUCCGACGCUGCCCCAGACCGACAAGCUCGUGCCCCUGACACACGCGGCGUGCACAGAGCUCCUCGAUUCUGGUGCGCCAGCUCAUGAUAUCGCGCAGCGCGUCUUCCGACACGGCCUCACUCCCGAGGCGCGGCGCUUACUGUGGCCCUACAUGCUCGGCGCCCUUCCUCUCAACUCCCGUCGUGAGGGCCGCGACGCGCAGGACGCCGAGAUGCAGCGCACCUACGAUAUGUGGAAGCAGCGCUGGUUCGGCCAGCCAAGGCCCCGUGCCGCCGAGCACGAAGCGUCGCAGCACCGCAUCUGGAUCGACUGCCUCCGCGCCGAUACCAAGCACGACUUUUUCCAGCACGAGCCGCCUCUCGAUAUCGAGGCGCAUGUCGUCGCCAGCGGCUGGCUCCGCUCACGACCCCAGGGCGCCGAGCAUGCCCAGGUCAACAAGCACGUGUUCCUUCUCAGUGAGAUUCUAUGGACCUUUGACGUGUAUGCCGAACAUGCAAACGAUACCAAACUACCUGCGAUCGAGGGCUACGUCCAGGGCAUGAGCGAUUUGUGCUCCGUAUGCUAUGUGGCCUGCAGCGGUGAUGAGGCACGCACGUUUUGGACGUUUGUGGCGCUCAUGCGGAUGUGGGGCAGCCACUACGUCGCUGACCAGUCGGGCAUGCGGCACGAGCUCCUCCUGCUGCAGCGCCUCGUGGCCGAACUGUGUCCGCGACUGUACGCCUAUCUCCAGCGCAUCGACGGACUCAACCUGUUUUUCUGCUUUCGCUGGCUACUCGUGUGCUUCAAACGCGAGUUUGUGCUAGACGACGUGCUGCGCAUCUGGGAUGCCAUGUGGUCGGCCAGAUGGAGUGAGGCCGAGCACCGCGGCUGGCCGCUGUGUACGCACAUGCAUCUGUUCGUGGCGCUGGCCAUCCUUGAGAGCCACGAGCGCCUCAUACUCCGGUACCUGGCCUCGUUCGACGAAGUGCUCAUGUUCAUCCAUUCGCUGGCGUUUCAAAUGGAUGCCACGAGCGUGCUGCGUCGCGCCGAGGCACUCGUGUACCGCCUGCGGAGCCGCGUCGGCCAGGAGCCGCCUGUCGAUGAAGAGCUCCGAUCCAUGGUCCUAUGCUAA